UGCUUUGUGCUUCCCCAGAAGAUGGGAGCGACCUUUUCCUGAUCGGGAGCUAUUUCAAAGGAGGGAGCACGCCGUCUUUCCUACCGGCGUGGACGAACCGGGAAGAAUCCAUUCACGCUCCCCAAGCCAGUAGGUUGUGGCAGCUGGAAAUCUCAUGUACAACAUGCUGCAAUUAAGCCUCUCAACCACCUUUUCAAUGGGAUUUCAUCUGUUAGUUAUCGUGGCUCUCUUAUUUUCCCAUGUGGACCUUAUAAGUGCUGAGAUGGAAAUGGAAGGAGAAGGAAAUGAAACCGGUGAAUGUACUGGCUCAUAUUACUGUAAGAAAGGGGUGAUUUUACCCAUUUGGGAGCCCCAAGACCCUUCUUUUGGGGACAAAAUUGCUAGAGCUACUGUGUAUUUUGUGGCCAUGGUCUACAUGUUUCUUGGAGUCUCUAUCAUAGCAGAUCGGUUCAUGUCCUCAAUAGAAGUCAUCACAUCUCAAGAAAAAGAAAUAACCAUCAAGAAACCCAAUGGAGAGACCACCAAGACAACUGUGAGGAUCUGGAAUGAGACAGUUUCUAACCUGACCUUGAUGGCCCUGGGAUCUUCUGCUCCUGAGAUUCUCCUUUCAGUAAUUGAAGUGUGUGGCCAUAACUUCACUGCAGGAGACCUUGGUCCUAGCACCAUUGUGGGAAGUGCUGCAUUCAAUAUGUUCAUCAUUAUUGCGCUCUGUGUUUACGUGGUCCCUGAUGGAGAGACAAGGAAGAUUAAGCAUCUACGUGUGUUUUUUGUGACGGCAGCCUGGAGCAUCUUUGCCUACACUUGGCUUUACAUUAUUUUGUCUGUAAUCUCUCCUGGUGUUGUGGAGGUCUGGGAAGGUUUGCUUACUUUCUUCUUCUUUCCCAUCUGUGUGGUGUUCGCUUGGGUAGCAGAUAGGAGGCUUCUAUUUUACAAGUACGUCUAUAAAAGGUACCGGGCUGGCAAGCAGAGGGGAAUGAUUAUUGAACAUGAAGGAGACAGGCCAUCUUCCAAGACUGAGAUUGAAAUGGAUGGGAAAGUGGUCAAUUCUCAUGUUGACAAUUUCUUAGAUGGUGCUCUGGUUCUGGAGGUGGAUGAGAGAGACCAAGAUGAUGAAGAGGCUAGGCGAGAAAUGGCUAGGAUUCUAAAGGAACUUAAGCAGAAGCAUCCAGAGAAAGAAAUAGAGCAAUUAAUAGAAUUAGCUAACUAUCAAGUCCUAAGUCAGCAGCAAAAAAGUAGAGCAUUUUACCGCAUUCAAGCUACUCGCCUGAUGACCGGAGCUGGCAACAUUUUGAAGAGGCAUGCAGCUGACCAAGCAAGAAAGGCCGUCAGCAUGCAUGAGGUCAAUACUGAAGUGGCUGAAAAUGACCCUGUCAGUAAGAUCUUCUUUGAACAAGGGACAUAUCAGUGUCUGGAGAACUGUGGUACUGUGGCCUUGACCAUUAUCCGCAGAGGUGGUGAUUUGACCAACACUGUGUUUGUUGACUUCAGAACAGAGGAUGGCACAGCCAAUGCUGGAUCUGAUUAUGAGUUUACUGAAGGAACUGUGGUCUUUAAGCCAGGUGAGACCCAGAAGGAAAUCAGAGUUGGCAUCAUUGAUGAUGAUAUCUUUGAGGAGGAUGAAAAUUUUCUUGUGCAUCUCAGCAAUGUCAAAGUAUCUUCUGAAGCUUCAGAAGAUGGUAUACUGGAAGCCAAUCAUGUUUCUACACUUGCUUGCCUCGGAUCUCCCUCCACUGCCACUGUAACUAUUUUUGACGAUGACCAUGCAGGCAUCUUUACUUUUGAGGAACCUGUGACUCAUGUGAGUGAGAGCAUUGGCAUCAUGGAGGUGAAAGUAUUGAGAACAUCUGGAGCUCGAGGAAAUGUUAUCGUUCCCUAUAAAACCAUUGAAGGGACUGCCAGAGGUGGCGGGGAGGACUUUGAGGAUACUUGUGGAGAGCUGGAAUUCCAGAACGAUGAAAUUGUCAAAACAAUAUCAGUCAAGGUAAUUGAUGAUGAGGAGUAUGAGAAAAACAAGACCUUCUUCCUUGAGAUUGGAGAGCCCCGCCUGGUGGAAAUGAGUGAGAAGAAAGCCCUGUUAUUGAAUGAGCUUGGUGGCUUCACAAUAACAGGAAAAUACCUGUAUGGCCAACGUGUCUUCAGGAAAGUUCAUGCUAGAGAACAUCCGAUUCCCUCUACUGUAAUCACCAUUGCAGAGGAAUAUGAUGACAAACAGCCGCUGUCCAGCAAAGAAGAAGAGGAGAGGCGCAUCGCAGAGAUGGGGCGCCCCAUCCUGGGAGAGCACACCAAGUUGGAAGUGAUCAUUGAAGAAUCCUACGAAUUCAAGAGUACGGUGGACAAACUCAUUAAGAAGACAAACCUGGCCCUUGUGGUUGGGACAAACAGCUGGCGAGAACAGUUCAUUGAAGCUAUCACUGUCAGUGCCGGGGAAGAUGAUGAUGAUGAUGAAUGUGGGGAAGAGAAGCUGCCCUCCUGUUUCGAUUACGUGAUGCACUUUCUGACUGUGUUCUGGAAGGUCCUCUUUGCCUUCGUCCCGCCUACAGAAUACUGGAAUGGCUGGGCAUGUUUCAUUGUCUCCAUCCUCAUGAUUGGCCUACUGACAGCUUUCAUUGGAGACCUGGCUUCCCACUUUGGCUGCACCAUUGGCCUGAAAGAUUCCGUGACUGCAGUUGUGUUCGUCGCACUUGGAACGUCAGUGCCAGACACAUUUGCCAGCAAAGUGGCAGCCACCCAGGACCAGUAUGCAGAUGCUUCCAUAGGUAACGUCACGGGCAGCAACGCGGUGAACGUCUUCCUGGGAAUCGGCGUGGCCUGGUCCAUCGCCGCCAUCUACCACGCGGCCAAUGGGGAAGAGUUCAAAGUGUCCCCUGGCACGCUAGCUUUCUCUGUCACUCUCUUCACCAUUUUUGCUUUCAUCAAUGUGGGGGUGCUGCUGUAUCGGCGGAGGCCAGAAAUCGGAGGUGAGCUGGGUGGGCCCCGGACUGCCAAGCUCCUCACAUCCUGCCUCUUUGUGCUCCUGUGGCUGUUGUACAUUUUCUUCUCCUCCCUGGAGGCCUACUGCCACAUAAAAGGCUUCUAAAGGAACAGUCAGAUAUAGUAAAUUUAUAUAUAUAUAUACAUAUAUAUAUAUAUAUACAUAAAAAUUAUGUAUAACGAACAGAGGAAACUGACAUCUGUCAUGUUCACUUACCUGCUGAUGGAAUCCAGCUUCAAGAGCAUACUCUGUACUAGGGCCGAAGUAAGAAACCAUCACCUCCCAUUCCCAGGGGCAUCAUCAUGUUGAACAAGGCACGGAGGCAGGGCCAUCUUUGCAGCUCGGCCUGGAAGGGCCACACUCUCUCUCCAGGUCCAUAAACCGUGAAGGUUUUGAUAUGUUUUCUUGUUUUUGAUUUUGUUUCCAGUGGCGUUGGGGAGGCAGUUGAUGUUUGGUUUUUAUUUUUUGUUUUUUGUUGGGAGGGUCAGCGUGGUUGCUUCUCUCUGUGGGAGGUGAUGAACCAUCCAAUCAUAUGUGGGCUUUUGGUAAAAAAUUAAAUUAUUAAGAUCCCUCCACCUCCCCCCAAACACUUUAAAAGGUUAUUUUGGGUAUUUAAGAAAGAAUCUGGGUGUGGAAGAAGAAAGAAGCAUAUCUUCACUCUAUUUCCAAAGUUCAUGCUAAUCUCCGGAACAUGAGCAGAGGUGAAGCUGCCUCCAAGAAGAAGCAUGGGAGCUGGAAAGGAGCCAGGAAGUGUGAUGGUUCUAGAUAGAGUCUGAGAUUGAAGGACAUGAUGCCUGGCACUCUUGUUCAACAGGUACAGGGAUAAUGUGCCUAGAUCCCCAAGAACAUGCAAGAUUCUUUAUUUCUUAUCUCUGUAGCUCUGGACUAAGAUGAGUAAGGCCCUUCUUCCAGUGUUCCAGCCCAGCUAAACCCCAACGUGUCCCCAUCACAACUCUUUUCCCCUAUCCACCUGCCAUCCCUCAUGCAAACAGGAAGAAUAACCCCAUUCAAAAAGCACAUCGUCCUUUUCCAUUUGCAUUCAUAUGUGUCCCAGCCCCAUGUUGCCGUUGCCUGGGAUUGUCCGUCAGUUUUAUUUUCAAAGACAUCCAUGGCUUGCACAAUCCUGUUCCAGUCAUGACUGAAUAUUUGCUCAUUCUUCAUGUGCCUGUUUGGAAAUGUUGUUGUGAUACCUGUUACACAGUGCAUGGAUGAAAAACAAAUAAAACAAAACAAAGCGUAUCUGUAUAUAGUAGAGUGUAGUAUAUACUGUUCUCCCAUUCAGCAGCGUUGAUUGGACAUUGAAGACAUAAGUGAGUUUUGUUUCACCUGAGCUGUUACUUUUGUGUUGUUAUUGAGUUUAAUUACCACUAGGGAUAAAAGGAGAAAAUGGCUUAUCA